AUGGCUGUGUACGCCCUCACUGGCUUCUCCCUGGUCAGCCUGCUCAGUUUUGGCUACCUGUCCUGGGACUGGGUGAAGCCGGGCUUGGUAGCCGAUGUUUCCUCCAUGGGGAAGCCUCUCCCGGCUGCUGCUGCUGCUGCUGCUCCCGCCAGGCCGCCUCACGUCAUCUUUAUCCUAACGGACGACCAGGGUUACCAUGACGUGGGCUACCAUGGCUCAGAUAUCCAGACUCCAACGCUGGACAGGCUGGCGGCGGAAGGGGUGAAGCUGGAGAAUUAUUACAUCCAGCCCAUCUGCACUCCUUCCAGGAGCCAGCUGAUCACAGGGAGGUACCAAAUCCACACAGGUCUUCAGCACUCCAUCAUCCGUCCCCGGCAACCCAAUUGCUUGCCUUUGAACCAGGUUACUCUCCCCCAGAAACUGCAGGAAGCUGGCUAUUCCACGCACAUGGUGGGCAAGUGGCACUUGGGAUUCUAUCGGAAAGAGUGCCUGCCCACCCGGAGGGGUUUUGACACCUUCCUGGGAUCACUGACAGGAAACGUGGAUUAUUAUACCUACGAUAACUGUGAUGGGCCUGGGGUCUGUGGCUACGACCUUCAUGAUGGGGAAAAUGUGGCCUGGGAGCAAAGUGGCAAAUAUUCCACCUUCCUCUACACUCAGCGUGUCAACAAGAUCCUGGCUUCCCACAACUCUAAGGACCCCAUCUUUAUCUACGUGGCAUUCCAAGCUGUGCACACACCCUUGCAGUCCCCAAAGGAGUACAUCUACCGCUACCGCUCCAUGGGCAACGUUGCGCGCCGUAAAUACGCGGCCAUGGUCACGUGCAUGGAUGAAGCAGUGAAGAACAUCACCUGGGCGCUCAAGAAGUACGGCUACUAUGACAACAGCGUGAUUGUAUUCUCCACAGACAAUGGCGGGCAGACUUUCUCUGGGGGAAGCAACUGGCCGCUGCGAGGCCGCAAAGGGACCUACUGGGAAGGAGGAGUCCGUGGCAUUGGGUUUGUCCACAGCCCGUUGCUUAAACGCAAGCGGAGGACCAGCCGGGCGCUCAUUCACAUAACUGACUGGUACCCGACUCUGGUGACCUUGGCUCGGGGCAACAUGUCUGAAGCAGAUGGUUUGGAUGGGUACAAUGUGUGGCCGGCCAUCAGCGAGGGCAAAGAGUGUCCCCGUACGGAAAUCCUGCACAACAUCGACCCUCUUUAUAACCACGCCAGAUAUGGCUCUUUGGAGAGUGGCUUUGGCAUCUGGAACACAGCAGUACAAGCCUCGAUACGGGUUGGGGACUGGAAGCUUCUCACUGGAGACCCUGGCUAUAGUGACUGGAUCCCACCACAGACUCUGACCAACUUCCCAGGGAGUUGGUGGAACCUCGAGCGCCUGACGGAUGGGGUACGCAAAUCGGUCUGGCUCUUCAACAUCACGGCCGACCCGUACGAGCGCUACGACCUGGCAGAGCAGCGGCCCGAUAUCGUCCGGGCUCUCCUCAUCAGACUUGUCCGCUACAACCAGACUGCCAUCCCGGUCAGAUAUCCGGCAGAAAACCCUCGAGCUCACCCGGACUUCAAUGGUGGUGCCUGGGGACCCUGGGCAACCGGCGAGGAAGAAGUGUGGGAGGGAGGACACGGAAAACUGAAAAAUAAAAAGCGGAAGAAGAAAUGCAAGAUCUGCAAGCUGCGCUCCUUCUUCCGGAAGCUGAACACCAGGCUGAUGUCGAACCGCAUCUGAGGAGGGGCGGCCUCUUGCCAAAUGCAACGUUGA